UCACAAUAGACUUUUUUUUAGCAACAAAUAAAAAAUUGCUCAAUUUUGACAGAAAUCAUCUGUUUCCAAGUUGUUAUCAAACACCAAAGCAGUCGCAAAAUGUUAAGACAAAAUUUAUUAAAAGUUAUAAGCGUUGCUUCUGAGAAAAAGUUUUACUCAAGCAUGUCAGGUCCAAUUGAAGUUGCAAUUCGUGAAACACUUUCCGAGAAUCUAUCACCAGUUCAUAUGGAAAUUAUUAACGAAUCUUAUAUGCAUAAUGUUCCUAAAGGUUCUGAAUCCCAUUUCAAAGUUUUAGUUGUAUCGGACAAAUUCAAUGAUCUUCCUUUAAUUAAACGACAUCGUUUGGUAAAUGACCUGGUGAAAACCAAACUUGAAGGGAACUUCGUGCAUGCUCUAUCAAUCGAAGCUAAAACCCCAAAACAAUGGGAUCCUUCUUACGAAGUUGAACCAAGUCCCAAUUGUCGAGGAGGUUUUGGAAAAUAAAUGAAUAAAUUUUAUUGAGGCUUAAUUAACAAAAAAUAAAGUACUUUGUUUUUUUUUUUUACAAAAAUUCUUAAAAUUAAUAAUAUUACUGACUUAAGA